CCCUACAGACUUUGUUAGAGCAUUUGUCUUUCACUCCUUGUCUCUCCCCCAACCCCUUCUCUCACACAGAAUAUAGACAAAAGGAGGGGAGCUGUAAUGGCAGAAGAAUGAAACUCCAAUCUCAUCAUUCUCCAAAGAGCAAGAUGGCUUUAGAAGACGACGAAGAGAUUCAAAACGCACCGUAUUGUACCCUCUUCUGCGAGGAAGACACUUCCGGGUUCGAGGAGGAGGAAGACGACAAAUCUGACGGAAAGUUUCCAUUUUUCCAUCUGGGUUUUCUCGAUCGGGAGGACGACGACGAGUUGUCGAGUCUGAUCUCCAAGGAAAACGAGUUGAGACCGUCUCUUACCGAAGAGGGUGGUGUCUUAGACGACGAGUUUCUCGCCUUGUGUCGUGAAAAGGCUGUUGAUUGGAUCCUCAGGGUGAAAUCUCAUCACGGGUUUAGUUCCGUGACGGCUCUUCUCGCUGUUAACUACUUCGAUAGGUUUAUCACGAGCAGGAAUUUUCAGACAGAGUAUCCAUGGAUGUCUCAGCUCACGGCUUUGGCUUGUUUGGCUUUAGCUGCGAAAGUUGAGGAGGUCCGAGUUCCUCUGCUCGUAGAUCUCCAAGUGGAAGAGGCAAGCUAUGUCUUUGAGGCUAAAACCAUACAGCGAAUGGAGCUUCUCGUUCUCUCUACUCUUCAAUGGAGGAUGCAUCCCGUGACUCCGAUCUCGUUCUUCGAUCACAUUAUCCGUCGAUUCAUCUUUAAAUCUCACCAGCAACUGGAGUUCUUGAGUAGAUGUGAAUCUCUGUUGCUCUCCGUUGUUCCUGAUUCGAGGUUUUUAAGUUAUAGCCCGUCUGUGUUAGCCACGGCGAUAAUGGUCUCUGUCUUUAGAGGUUCCAAGGCGUGUGACGAAUCUGAAUACGAAUCUCAGCUCAUGACACUACUCAAAGUUGAUUCGGAGAAAGUAAAUAAAUGCUGCGAGUUGGUGUUUGACCACAUUCCAAGCAAGAAAAGGAUGCAACCCGCUAGUCCAACCGGUGUAUUCGAUGCAUCAUUCAGCUCUGAUAGCUCGAACGAGUCAUGGGUUGUGUCUGCAUCACCGUCUCCUCCAGAGCCUCUGUUCAAGAGGAGAAGAGUGCAAGAGCAGCAGAUGAAGUUGUCUUCAAUAAACAGAGUGUUUCUCGAUGUGUUCACUACUAGUCCUCGCUAAUAAUUUCAAUCAAACGAUCAAAAAAAAAAAUCUGCCAGAUUUAGAAACAUCAUGCGUUUUGCUUGGUUCUUGUGUUAAUGGACGGUUUCAAAAUGGUGUACUAUUCAGUAUUCGAUCAUUUAAAAACAUAAUUUUUUUUUUCUUGUGA